AUGAUCUCUAUUGCUCAAACUUUAUCAUCCAGGUUAAUUGGAGCUAACGUGUUCUGCUCUGCGGAUGAAAAUUUAAAUAAGGUUCUUACAUUACAAUUUCGUGUUCAUUAUCAUGUUUUUGGAUUAACUACCACUAAAGCCAUCGGUAAUAAUAUUGAAGUAGCAGACAUUCAGCCAAAGAAUGCUAAUGUUUUAUUGAGUGAUUGUGAAAAGCUUUUGAGCAAAAUUAAAUCUAGCGAACCAACAAGAGAUUUAUUACAAAAAAUAUUAUUCAAUUGUAUGGGUAUGAUUUCAUUUCAUACCAAAGAUAUCCAAAAGUCGAAGAAUUUCUUCCAAAAAUCCAAUUCUAUUAAGAUCAAUGCUGAAGAUCAAAAAAAAUUUGAAACUUAUCUAAAGUUAGAAAGCUUAUACUAUGGAAGCAAAAUAAAUAAUAAUAACUUACAGUUAUACUAUGAUAAUUUAUUGCCUGUUCUGAACAACCGAAUUCCAAGUGAAUCAAAUGGGCUAACUAUGCAUGUGCUCCAAUUAAUUUUGGAACAAUUGAAAUCUAAUACAAACGAUGAUAUCAAAACUUUUUUUUCAUUGUUUAAGUCAGAUUCUCCCGUUUCUUCUGGUUUGUUACCACUUAUUGUAUGCUAUAUUUAUAGAACCAAUAAAAAUAUAAAAUUAGAUGAAUUUUUCCUAUCAAUUGGUAACGACAUAAUUUCAAAGGCAAAAUUUCCAAGUGCUGAAGAACAAAAUAAUGAAGAACUCGAACAAUUUUUGGUGUUUUUAGAUCUAUACUUCAGAGAUGAAUACACCAAGUCUGUUUCAAAUAAGUGGAAACAAUUCCUAAUUUCAUCCAUUGCAUCAACAUUUCAAAGCAUAUCAGUUGCAAGAGCAGCUCUUGUAUAUUUCGGUAAAUUUGGUGAAUCAGAAAAUGACAUGAAAGAGUCAAUACUAAACUUUGUAAACUAUACAAAGUAUAGUAAUAAAGAAGCAGAAUUACAAGAGGAGGAUAAUAUUGAGGAAUAUAGAGAUAUAAUUUCUUUAAUUGAUGCAUAUGCUUAUACAUUAAAGAUAGCUCACGAUGAAUCUACUAAUAUUGAAAAUCUUUAUGACUUUGACGAUACAUCAAUUGCUUUGUCGAAUUUACUAAAAACAGUUUAUGAGCAAAAUAAUUUUAAUUUUAUAGAUAAUAAUGACGCAUCUGACUGGAAAAAACUAUCUUUAAAGUUAAACUUACCUGGUAAUGUCAAGUUUGUUUUAUUCAAUGCUUGGAAAACACUUUAUGAAAUAAGACAAAAUAAACUGGAAUACUUGACAUCUAACAAUUUAUCAAUAUAUUUGGCAAAUUCCAUUUGUUUAGUUAACGAUUUAGAGCAAACAUUGCUUCCAGAAUUGGAGUUUUUGUAUGCAUAUAAUCUCGCACAACAAAGACAGUUGGAACCUGCAACAUCCUUUUUAAAGUCUGUUACUUUGGAGAAGUUCCCAGAACACUAUAAAUCAUGGCAUUUGUUGGCUUUAUGCGAUUCCGCUGUCAACGAAGAUAAAGAAACUGCAUUUAAAAUUGUUUGUUCAGUAUUGGAAGCGAUGAAAUUAAGCCUGGAACAGAAUAAAUUGACUCCUAGUGACAGGUGGCAAUAUAUCCAUUUACAAUUAACUCAAUUGAGUAUUGUUGAAGAUAACUUCGGUACUUCAGAAGCUCUUGAUCUGUUGCCCGAAGUAUUAGAGCUUUACUCUACAUUAUUCCCAGAAGGAUCUGAAGAUUCGUUCAAUUUAGGGACUGAAGUUUCUCAAUCUAAGGAAUAUUUACUUCAAACAAUCUGGAAUUUUGCUGCUAAUAUGUACAUGAAUAUCAAUGAAGAAUUUUUGGAGCAAGCUGAUGAUGCCAUUACCGAAGCAGUGAAUGUAAGUAAGAAAUUCAAAAAUUUAAACUGUAAUAUUACAAAAGGUAACCUUUUCUUAACUCAAGAAGCCCCAAACAAGGCUCUAAAAGAGUUUGAAUAUGUUUUACAUUACGAUAAAUAUAAUUUGGAAGCUUUAUUAGGAUUAGCUGAAAUAGUACUAGAUUCCGGCAAAAAUGAAAAAACAUCUAAUUCGCCAGAUGAAUAUUAUACAUUAGUACCACAAAAUAAUAUGAAACAAAGAACCUAUUCUAACAAUAUUUUUGCCAACGAAAAAGAUCAAUUAGCAACAAUUGCUAGGUUAAAAUAUUUGCUGGAAUACGCGACAAGUCAUAAAGUGGAAGCUUAUUACUCUGCAGAAAUAUGGUGGUACCUAUCUUUAAUAUAUGAAAAGUACCAAGAUAAACGUUACAAGUCAUCUAUAAUGAAUUGUAUUAGAUUUAAAGAAGCUACGCCAAUUCGUAGUUUUAAAUUCUGUAACUACUAA